AUGUCGUUGCUGAGUAGAUUCUUUUACAAGAGGCCACCAGAUGGCCUGCUCGAACUCUCUGAUAGGGUUUAUGUUUUUGAUUCUUGUUUCUCGACCGAAGUGCUCCCUGAUGGAAUAUACCAGCUUUAUUUGCACGAAAUUAUCACCGAGCUGCAUGAAGAGUUUCCAGAUUCCUCGUUUCUAGCAUUUAACUUCCGAGAAGGUGAGAGAAGGAGCCAGUUUGCUGAGGUACUGUGCGAAUAUGAUGUCACGGUUAUGGAUUACCCGAGGCAGUAUGAGGGAUGCCCUCUAUUGCCUCUAUCUCUAAUCCACCAUUUUCUUCGGGUUAGUGAGAGCUGGCUUUCUCUUGGGAAUUGCCAGAAUGUGGUCUUGCUCCAUUGUGAAAGAGGGGGCUGGCCACUCCUUGCAUUUGUAUUGUCCAGCUUCUUGGUGUUCAGGAAGUUGCAAAGUGGCGAGAAAAAGUGCCUUGAAAUGGUCUACCGUGAAGGCCCAAGAGGCUUGCUGCAGUUACUUUCGCCUUUAAACCCGUUUCCAUCUCAGCUUCGGUAUCUGCAGUAUAUAUCACGAAGGAAUAUAUCCCCAGAGUGGCCUCCUCCAGAGAGGCCCCUGUCAUUGGACUGUCUUAUUCUCCGCGCAAUUCCGAGGUUUGAUAAUCAGAAAGGGUGCAGGCCCCUUGUACGCAUUUUUGGUAGAAAUCUCCUCAGUAAGGAUGGGUUGUCAACCCAAAUGCUGUAUUCCAUGCAUAAGAAGGGUAGACAUGUCCGUCAUUAUCGCCAAAAGGACUGUGAUGUGAUAAAGAUCGACAUACAGUGUUUGGUGCAAGGAGAUGUGGUGCUUGAGUGUGUCCAUCUGGACUUGGAUCCAGAAAGGGAAGUCAUGAUGUUCCGCAUAAUGUUCAACACGGCUUUUAUCCGGUCUAAUAUUUUAAUGCUCAACUGUGAAAACUUGGAUACCCUUUGGGACUCGAAGGCUCGGUUUCCCAAAGGCUUUCGAGCUGAGGUGCUCUUUGGGGAUGUCGAGAGCACUUCACCUGCCAAAAACCAUACAUCCAUGUUAAACGGCGAGGAGAAAGGUGGACUCCCCAUUGAAGCUUUUGCCCGGGUGCAGGAACUUUUUAAUGGUGUGGAUUGGAUCGAUACUGGUGAUGAUGCUGCUUUAUGGCUACUCAAACAAUUGUCGGUUUUGAAUGACGUAAAAGACUUGACAAUGUUGCGGAGGAUGAGUGGGUACGGGUCGCCUAUCGAUUCAGAGGAGGAAAACAACUCAUCUAGCAUUGCCGACAGUCUCGAUUUUCUGGACUCGGAGAAGGCUAGUGUGCCGGAAUUUUUGCUGGAUGACCGUUCAUCAGUGGAUUCUACAUUAGAGGAAGUUUCAGAUCUCAGACCUUCCGUGGACUCGGUGAAGCCAAUGCCGGCAACCAUGAAUGAUCCAAACCAGUCCGUGAUGGAUAGUGAUACCCAGUCGGAUUCUCUUGCUUUGUCUGAAUCUUUGAAAGAAAUUAAAAUUUCAGCUAAUACUUCGCCCUCCUUGCAGCCAGCAAUACAACCCUCUGAUUCCACUACCUCUCAAUCAAAAUCACCGCCUCCCACAUCUGAUUUAAACAACUCUUCACCUGUUGUUCCACCCGUAACUACUCUGCUUUCUAAUGAAAGAUCUUUCCACCCACCUCUAAUGCACCGUGAGGAAGCGCUUUCUUUGUCUCCUUUCAAUGAUUCCAGUAACACACCAUCAAUUUCAACUCCUCCAGUUGUCUCUAGUAAUGUUCCUCCUCCUCCUCCUCCUCCACCGCCUCUUAUCAAUUGUAAUGUGCCUCCACUAUCACCUCCUGAACCACCUGUUGGACGAGGUGCAGCUCCUGCUCCACCGCCACCUCCACCGCCUGCCGGACGAGGUGCAGCUCCUGCUCCACCACCACCUCCACCGCCUGCAGGACGAGGUGCAGCUCCACCACCACCUCCACCAGGUCUUGGUUCAAAACCAGCUGCACCUCCACUGCCACCUGGCCGUGGAUCGGGGCCUGCUCCGCCUGCACCUCCUGGUGGUAAGGGCUCCCAUGUUCCUCCACCUCCAUCUGUCGGGAGAGGGAGAGGUUUGUCUUCAGCACGAGGAAGAGGCUCAACUGGUUCUUCAAUCCCCCCUAAGAAAACACCACUGAAGCCAUUGCAUUGGGUGAAAGUCACUCGAGCUAUGCAAGGCAGUUUGUGGGCUGAUACUCAUAAACAGGAAAGUCAAUCAAGGCCACCUGAAAUCGAUAUAUCCGAGCUUGAGAGUCUUUUCUCGGUGGCUUCGGCAUCAGAUGGAAAAAAUAAGGGUGGGGGCCACCGUGGUUCUAAAAUUAACAAGCCAGAGAAAAUUGAUUUGCGCAGAGCCUAUAAUUGUGAAAUUAUGCUCACGAAAAUCAAGAUUCCCCUGCCAGAUAUGAUUAGUGCCAUCUUGGCUUUGGAUUCUUCUGCGCUGGACAUUGAUCAAGUUGAGAAUCUUAUAAAAUUCUGCCCUACUAAAGAAGAGAUGGAAACACUGAAGAACUACAAUGGCGACAAGGAGAUGCUAGGAAAGUGUGAACAGUUUUUCUUGGAACUUAUGAAAGUCCCUCGAGUCGAAUCCAAAUUGAGAGUAUUUGCUUUUACAAUAACUUUUGCAAGCCAGGUUGAAGAUCUUAAGCGUAACCUGAACACAAUUAAUGAUGCUUCUCAAGAGGUUAAGGAGUCGUCAAAACUGCGGCAAAUUAUGCAGACAAUUCUUACUCUGGGAAAUGCAUUAAAUCAGGGCACUGCUCGAGGGUCUGCUGUGGGAUUCAAGUUGGAUAGUCUUCUCAAACUUUCCGAUACUCGUGCAAGAAACAACAAGAUGACCUUAAUGCAUUACCUCUGUAAGAUUCUAGCUGAGAAAAUGCCGGAGUUGCUAGACUUCAGUAAGGAUCUCAUACAUUUAGAACCAGCCUCUAAGAUACAACUGAAGUCUUUGGCUGAAGAAAUGCAAGCAGUUAGCAAAGGCCUUGAAAAGGUUGAACAGGAGCUCACUGCAGCAGAGAAUGAUGGUGCUGUGUCCUCGGGCUUUCGGAAGGUCUUGAAAAGUUUCCUCCACACUGCUGAGGCUGAAGUGAGGUCGCUUAUCACCCUUUAUACGGAAGUGGGGAGAAAUGCAGACUCACUUUCACAGUAUUUUGGUGAAGAUCCAGCAAGAUGUCCCUUUGAGCAGGUAACACAAACAUUAGUUGUCUUCACUAAGAUGUUUAACAAGGCUCACGACGAAAAUGAGCAGCAGGCUGAUGCUGAAAAGAAGAAAUUGGAAAAGGAAGCUCUCAAGGAACAACAAGUGGCCGCUAAUUCCCCUGCACGUAAAGAAGGGGUCGAUGCCCUUCGUGCGAAACUCAACUCUCGUAAUCAGAAAACCGCUUCUUGA